UAUCCCUGGCAAUAGUGAUACACAAUUUGCUCAUAAUCAGUUUUUCGCUUCCGUUUCAGAACGAUAAAAUUGUAAAUAGCCCGAAAGCUGCCCAAGUAAAGAGUAAAAAAAUGAUACGAUUUAUACUGAUACAAAACCGCGCUGGCAAAACUCGCCUGGCGAAAUGGUACAUGAACUUCGAUGACGACGAGAAACAGAAACUUAUUGAGGAGGUGCAUGCUGUGGUCACUGUGAGGGACGCCAAGCACACCAAUUUCGUAGAGUUCCGAAACUUCAAGAUCGUAUACCGAAGGUAUGCGGGCCUGUAUUUCUGCAUCUGUGUGGACGUAAACGACAAUAAUCUGUGCUAUCUGGAGGCGAUCCACAACUUCGUCGAGGUGCUAAACGAAUACUUCCAUAACGUUUGUGAGCUGGACCUCGUCUUCAAUUUCUACAAGGUGUACAGUGUAGUGGACGAGAUGUUCCUGGCAGGCGAGAUACGAGAAACCUCUCAGACAAAGGUGCUCAAGCAGCUCCUGACGCUAAAUUCACUGGAAUAAGGGGGGGCCAAAGCCCCAAGGAUCGCCAGAUGCAUUCCCCUAGCCGCUUAUCGAAUCUUCUUUCAUAUACUAUUACGCGUAUUAUUAUUAUUAUCUAUAAUGUGUUCUUUAUGCAAGCAAAAACUCAAAUGUUAAAUACCGUGUUUAGAAACAAAUGAUGUACCAUAAGAGAUUGUAUGCAAGUGCAAAAUA